AUGGCGACGAGAGGCCCACGGAAGAGGGGCCCCUCCCGAAACAGACCACCAAAGGCAAGGCGAGCUGAGCCUGCCCCUCCCGCCCCCGUGCACCUUGCGGAUCCACCCCGGCUAAUACACCAGAUCCCAUCGAAGCAGCGCCACAAGCCUGGCAGUGUGCAAGCAGCCCAGACAGAGGCCACCCCACUCCACGAAAACACACAGGUAACUGGCAGAAAGUGCUGUGCUGCUAUUAGGUCUCUGCGAUUGGCAAGCACAAGCCUAAAAAAAAGGGAACCUUUUUUCUUUGCCGCUGUAAAGAUGUCUGACGAGAACCAAGCUUCCCUUAUUGAGCAUUUGAUGUCUAGAAGGAAUUUUGAGGAUCUUGGCAACCACCUUACUGAGUCAGAAACUCUUCGUGUGACUCAAGAGCACCUCCAGGGGACCGUUGUGGUCAGGGUCGUGUACAGAGUCCUCAAAAAUUGCCCCACGGUGGCUUGGAAAAAGAAAGCCAAGCGUCUAUUGUCAGAAUGGAAAGCUGUCUGUAAGGACUCCGCUUCAACGGACAGCCCGAAAUCAUUCCCUAUGGGGGGAAGUGAAGAAAAGCCAGGACUUUCUCAUGACCCAAGUUGGGUUAAGAUACGGGGUGGGUCCGGUUCUCAUUCAUCAUGCCACGAUGUUGCAGAAGCCAUUGAAAUGAUUGCGCCUGAAAACAGCACUAGUCCAGUGGAACCUGAGAAAAAGCAUUUCACGGGCGGUGCCCCUCAAUCCGCUGAUGAGCGAUCCAGUGAGUUGCCGGAUCCCACAGUACCUGUGAGAGCUAAAGGCACAGAGCUUCUUUAUGAAGCUUUAACGAGUUCUUCCACGGACCAGCAGCCCAAAGCCGAUAUGUGGCACAACUUCGCAAGAGACAUUCUUACCCUCUAUUUAAAGAACCUCAAAAAAUACAAAACUUGUGUUAGAAGCAAAGUCACCAAUCUGAAGAACCCCCCCCCCCCAAAUUCUCACUUACAACAAAGCUUGCUCUCUGGGACCAUGUCGCCGAGAGAAUUUGCCGAAACGACUGUCGUGGAAAUGGCACACGAGGACCUGAAGCGGUUGAGAGCCGCAUACACGGAAUCUCGCAUCCAGGAACACCACUUUCCCCGAGUGGUGGGGGGCACAGACAAAAUAAAAUGCGGAAGCUGUGAGAAGUUCAAUUGCAAGGUCACCGUAAUCACCAGAGGAGCACUUUUCCUUCCAGGCUGGGUGCAGAACUCAAAUCCAGACGAAGACACGAUGACCACUGUGAUCUGUAACGAGUGUGGGGAGCAGUGGUACCACAGCAGGUGGGUGUGCCUGUAAUUGCAAAUAAAUGUUCUCUUCACAAAGA